AUGUCCUCGUCGAUUCAACUACUAAACCCAAAGGCCGAAUCUUUGAGAAGACAGCAAGCUCUGCAGGUUAAUAUUGCCGCAGCCCAAGGUUUGCAGAGUGUUCUUGCCUCCAACUUGGGUCCCAAAGGAACUUUAAAAAUGUUGGUAGAUGGAAGCGGAAACAUCAAAAUCACCAAAGACGGUAAAGUCUUAUUAUCUGAGAUGCAGAUUCAAAACCCUACGGCAGUCAUGAUUGCGCGUGCUGCCUCUGCUCAAGAUGAGAUUACUGGUGAUGGAACUACUACUGUUUGUCUCCUGGUUGGUGAAUUACUUCGUCAAGCUGAAAGAUUCAUCUCUGAAGGAGUUCACCCAAGAGUAUUGACAGAUGGUUUUGAAAUUGCCAAAAGAGAAUCUCUGAACUUUUUAGACAGUUUUGUACAGAAAGCUGAAACCAUUGACAGGGAGUUAUUGUUGCAAGUAGCAAGAACAUCUCUCUCCACCAAAGUCAACGCCGAUUUAACGGAUGUGUUGACCCCAAUAGUGACUGAUGCUGUGCUACAAGUUAGGACAAACGACAACUUAGAUUUGCACAUGAUUGAGAUCAUGUCUAUGAUGCACGAAACAGCCAAAGAUACCCAGUUCGUCAACGGAUUGGUGUUGGAUCAUGGUGCUAGACAUCCUGACAUGCCUAGACGAGUCACAAACGCCAGCGUUUUGAUCCUCAAUGUUUCGUUGGAAUAUGAGAAGACAGAAGUGAAUUCUGGUUUUUACUACUCCUCUGCUGAACAAAGAGACAAGUUGGUGGCUUCUGAAAGAAGGUUUGUAGAUGAAAAGUUGAAGAAGAUUGUUGACUUGAAGAACGAGGUUUGUGGAUUGGAUGAAUCGAAGGGCUUUGUUAUAAUAAAUCAGAAAGGAAUCGACCCUAUGUCGUUGGAUGUCCUAGCUAAACAUGGUAUAUUGGCCCUAAGGAGAGCAAAGAGACGUAACAUGGAAAGGCUUCAAUUGAUUUGUGGAGGUGAAGCUCAAAACUCAGUUGAUGAUCUGUCCCCAGAUGUUUUAGGUUACUCUGGACUUGUGUACGAACACACUAUCGGUGAAGAAAAAUUCACCUUUGUUACUGAAAACAAAGACCCUAAAUCUUGUACUAUAUUAAUCAAGGGAGCCACUAACCAUGUUGUUGCUCAAACAAAGGAUGCCGUGAGAGAUGGAUUACGUGCAGUUGCUAAUGUCAUCAAGGAUAAAUCGCUAGUAGCUGGUGGAGGUGCUUUUUUCCUCAGCGCCUCCAAAUACUUGACCGAUAACGAAUCAAAAAUAGCCAAAGGUCGUAGCAAGGUUGGUGUCAAAGCUUUUGCAGAUGCCUUGCUUACAAUUCCUAAGACCUUGGCUACGAAUGCUGGAUUCGAUGCUUUGGACACAUUAGCUAAUUGCCAGGAUGAUCUCGCUGAUGGUAGAGUUGUAGGCGUGGACCUGAACUCAGGCGAGCCAAUGGAUCCAACUGUUGAGGGAAUUUGGGAUUCGUAUAGGGUCUUACGAAAUGCUAUUUCUUCAUCAACAGGUAUUGCCUCAAACCUGUUGUUGUGUGACGAGUUAUUGAAGGCUGGUAAAUCAUCAUUAAAGCAAGGUCCUCCUCAGUAG